CUGAACUUCGCUAGCUAAUGUGUCGGAAGAAAAGGAGACAUGGCGAGCUGGAUCUGUUCGAGGGAGUUUCUUGUCACGCAGAUCGUGCUGCUACUUCAGAAGACAACAGACGGGUUCCGGUUCAAUCCAACAGAGCAGCAGCUGAUUAAUCACUUGAAGUCGAAAGAACCCGGACGCAGAGAAGGUUUCUGCAUCAUUCCGACACUGGAAAACAUCACCGACUUCAAUCCAAAGGAUUUACCUGCGAAGUUCACGGAGAAAUCGAUCAUUCCGUCCAAUGAUCGAGAAUGGUGGUUCAUCAGUCCACAGACGCAGAACCAACGGGUUCGGGUUCGCAGGAAAACACCUUGCGGUUCUUCUUGGGGUAUCACCGGUCAGCCUAGAGAUAUUACAAUUGGCGGCAAAAAUAGGUUUCAAGAAAAUAUUAAGCUUCCCUGAAGGCAAAGCCAAGAAGGACUGGAUCACCAUGAAUAUCAUCUACCCCAAGAUUUACCCCAUUCGAGUGGAAGUAAUGUUCUGUGUCACUUAAUGCGUAAACAAGAUGAAAAGAAUGACAAUUCAACCACAAGAUCAGAGGAUGGAACCAUCACCCAAGCAGAAGUUGAGCAAUGGUAUAAUCAAUUUAAUGAUGAGCCUAUGGUCCAAGAAGGGAUAUCACCCACACUGUACGCUUUUUCUUUGCCUCACCUCCUGCAGCUGCUUCAGCAUGGGCUGCAAUUGCUAAAUAAUAGCUCUUCCUCCACCAUACAUCAGUUUACGAAAAUUCAGAGUCUCUCUGGUAAUGACUUCUCAUUGGAUAACAGUCUUUCUGAUAAAUCUAUUGAAAUGAAAUCUUCACACGGAACAACUAAAGAGGAUGAAUGGAUUGAUGCAAUGCCAGAUGCAGAUCUUUCCUGUGCCAAGGGGAAGAAAGGUGAAGAGCCAAGGUUCGAAAUGGUUCAGCAAGAAAAUGGAGCCAGAAAUGUCGAAGAUGAAGCAGCAGGCAGAGCAAAGCUGCUUCAGCGUGGGCUACAAUCACCAAAUAAUAGCUCUUCCUCCACCACACAUCACUUUACGAAUGUUGGAAAUUCCUCUGAUGCAGAUCUUUCCUAUGCAAAGGGAAAGAAAGGUGAAGAGCCAAGGUUCCAACUGUUUCAGCAGGAAACUGGAGCCAGAAAUGUCGAAGAUGAAGCAGCAGGCAGAGCAAAGCUGCUUCAGCGUGGGCUACAAUCACCAAAUAAUGGCUCUUCCUCCACCAUACAUCAGUUUACGAAUAUUGGGAGUCUCUCUAAUGCAGAUCUUUCCUAUGCCAAGGGGAAGAAAGGUGAAGAGCCAAGGUUUGAAAUGUUUCAGCAGGAAACUGGAGCCAGAAAUAUCGAAGAUGAAGCAGCAGGCAGAGCAAAGCUGCUUCAACGUGGGCUACAAUCACCAAAUAAUAGCUCUUCCUCCACCACACAUCACUUUACGAAUGUUGGAAAUUCCUCUGAUGCAGAUCUUUCCUAUGCCAAGGGGAAGAAAGGUGAAGAGCCAAGGUUCGAAAUGGUUCAGCAAGAAAAUGGAGCCAGAAAUGUUGAAGAUGAAGCAGCAGGCAGAGCAAAGCUGCUUCCGCGUGGGCUACAAUCACCAAAUAAUAGCUCUUCCUCCACCACACUUCACUUUACGAAUGUUGGAAAUUCCUCUGAUGCAGAUCUUUCCUAUGCCAAGGGGAAGAAAGGUGAAGAGCCAAGGUUCGAAAUGGUUCAGCAAGAAAAUGGAGCCAGAAAUGUUGAAGAUGAAGCAGCAGGCAGAGCAAAGCUGCUUCAGCGUGGGCUACAAUCACCAAAUAAUAGCUCUUCCUCCACCAUACAUCAGUUUACGAAUAUAGGGAGUCUCUCUGAUGCAGAUCUUUCCUAUGCCAAGGGACAGAAAGGUGAAGAGCCAAGGUUCGAAAUAUUUCAGCAGGAAACUGGAGCCAGAAAUAUCGAAGAUGAAGCAGCAGGCAGAGCAAAGCUGCUUCAGCGUGGGCUACAAUCACCAAAUAAUAGCUCUUCCUCCACCAUACAUCAGUUUACGAAUAUUGGGAGUCUCUCUGAUGCAGAUCUUCCCUAUGCCAAGGGGAAGAAAGGUGAAGAGCCAAGGUUCGAAAUGGUUCAGCAAGAAAAUGGAGCCAGGAAUAUCGAAGAUGAAGCAGCAGGCAGAGCAAAGCUGCUUCCGCAUGGGCUACAAUCACCAAAUAAUAGCUCUUCCUCCACCACACUUCACUUUACAAAUGUUGGAAAUUCCUCUGAUGCAGAUUUUUCCUAUGCCAAGGUACAGAAUGGUGAAGAGCCAAGGUUUGAAAUGGUUCAGCAGGAAACUGGAGCCAGAAAUAUCGAAGAUGAAGCAGCAGCAGGAGCAAAGCUGCUUCCGCAUGGGCUACAAUCACCAAAUAAUAGCUCUUCCUCCACCACACUUCACUUUACAAAUGUUGGAAAUUCCUCUGAUGCAGAUUUUUCCUAUGCCAAGGUACAGAAUGGUGAAGAGCCAAGGUUUGAAAUGGUUCAGCAGGAAACUGGAGCCAGAAAUAUCGAAGAUGAAGCAGCAGCAGGAGCAAAGCUGCUUCCGCAUGGGCUACAAUCACCAAAUAAUAGCUCUUCCUCCACCACACUUCACUUUACAAAUGUUGGAAAUUCCUCUAAUGCAGAUUUUUCCUAUGCCAAGGUACAGAAUGGUGAAGGGUCAAGGUUUGAAAUGGUUCAGCAGGAAACUGGAGCCAGAAAUAUCGAAGAUGAAGCAGCAGCAGGAGCAAAGCUGCUUCCGCGUGGGCUACAAUCACCAAAUAGUAGCUCUUCCUCCACCACACAUCACUUUACGAAUGUUGGAAAUUCCUCUAGUGCAGAUUUUUCCUAUGCCAAGGUACAGAAAGGUGAGGAGCCAAGGUUCGAAAAGGUUCAGCAGGAAACUGGAGCCAGAAAUAUCGAAGAUGAAGCAGCAGCCAGAGCAAAGAAUGGCCAAAUAUUUAUAACGGCGAAUCGCCAAAGUAUAGUCGAACCACUCAAUUGUGUUUUUCCUCCUGAGGAAAGGAAAGGCAUCCCAUCGAGUCCAUUCUACAGCUCAGGUUUUUUGAAGUUUAGCGAAUUUGAGGCAUAUUUCGAUCAACCUGCAGAUCAAGAAAAGGGAACUAGAACACGAAGAGCACAAUUUAGCUGGUAAUUCACCCAAGAGGAGGAGAUUGGACGUGUCUGAGGAAAAUCAAAUUCAGUGACUGCGUUGACCAGAUCAACCACCAAGAGCACAAAAGUUCACAAAUCCCCCUCUUCUUAAUCUUGUGAACUUGCUUAUUGGGAUUUUCCUGUUGAUCGCCACUUUUAGAGAUACAGAUAUAUUUAGGAGAUUACUCUUGAUUGAUCCUAACAUACGGUAAUUGAUAUCUUACCACUUUAUAUAGAAUCUGUACAUGUUUUGUUUUUCAACAUAUAUCGAAAUAUAUAAAAAAAUUCAAUAA